AAGGGUAUAAAAGGAAAAAAGAGAUGCAAAUGGAGAGGAUGAUAUUUCAUUGGAUCCUUAAGCUUUAGUGGCCAUUAAAGGCCUGUUAAAUCGUACUGAAGUAGGUAAUCCAAACGGCUUUCACUGGCGAUUGAAGCUAUGAUGUAGCCUAAGCCCCUUGUUUACGAAAAUAUAGGUUCUCUUUUUCCCGGUGAUCCAAGACAACAUAUUUUGCGAAUUCACCAAACGGGUUUUAGAAGAAUGGGUUGGCAUGAGGUACUAUGGAUUGGAAGGAUUCUUGUUCUUAUGCAAUUGGUUCAUGGGGUAGUUGGUUGGGGAAAGGAUGGUCAUUAUGCUGUUUGCAAGAUAGCCGAGGCAUAUCUUACUGAAGAUGCUCUGGUUACCGUUAAGGAACUGCUCCCUGAUUCGGCUGGAGGUGAGCUUGCAUCUGUAUGCUCCUGGGCUGAUGAUAUAAAGUGGUACUACAAGUGGCACUGGACUAGCCCCUUACACUAUGUUGAUACCCCAGAUUUCAAGUGUAACUAUCAAUACUGCCGGGACUGCCAUGAUUCUGCUGGACAUAAAGAUAGUUGUGUAACUGGAGCAAUUUUCAACUAUACAAAGCAACACUUUUCAGCAUAUCAGGGAUAUGACCCCCAAUUGAAAUACAAUUUGACGGAGGCACUUAUGUUCUUAGCUCAUUUUGUGGGGGAUGUCCAUCAGCCAUUACAUGUUGGCUUCACAGGAGAUCUAGGUGGGAAUACAAUUACAGUUCGUUGGUACCAUAGGAAGACAAAUCUACACCAUGUUUGGGAUACCAUGAUAAUUGAUUCUGCAGUGAAGACAUUCUAUGGCUCAGAUCUUGCAAUAAUGAUUCAAACCAUCCAGAGGAAUAUUACAGAUGCUUGGUCCAAUGAUAUAUCAUCAUGGGAAUAUUGUGAAUAUAAUCAAACUGUUUGUCCUAACCUAUAUGCUUCUGAAAGUGUUAGGUUGGCAUGUACGUUUGCAUACAGGAAUGCCACACCUGGAAGCACCUUAGAAGAUGAUUAUUUCCUCUCUCGGUUGCCUAUUGUGGAGAAGAGGCUUGCCCAAGGUGGGAUUCGUCUUGCUGCUGUUCUCAACCGAAUAUUUGCUUCUGAAGUGAAAAUUGCUCGAGCAUGAAGAUAGAUGACCAGACGCAUCUG